UCUCGCGCGUGACGUCGCGCAAAACCUGGCGCGACGACGUCACGUGACGAGCAGGAGAGACGCAAUGGCGAUUCCGCUCGGUGCUCAGCAGCAGCAACAACAACAACAAAUGCAACAACAGCAGCAGCAACAGCAGCAGGACUUUGACCCCGUGGCGCGAGUAAAGAUGCUGCUGCCGCAGCUGAAGGAGUGUCUGCAGAAUCUUAUGAAAAUUGCCGCUCAGAACCUGAACCAGAACACGGCGAUUGAUAAUGGCUUGAAGAGCAGUGACUCGCCCAUUCAUAGAUUUGACAAGUGCCUGGAGGAGUUUUAUGCCAUCUGCGAUCAGAUCGAGUUGUGUUUGAGGCUGGGCUACGAGUGCAUCUCGCAGAGCGUGGACAGCGGCAAGCAUUCCCCGAGCCUCGUGCCCACGGCCACCAAGCUGGACGCCACGCAGGCCGACAGCCUGUCUUACGGGCAGUACCUCGCCAUGAUCAAGUCCCAGAUCUCCUGCGCCAAGGACAUACACAACUCGCUGCUCGAGUGCGCACGGCGCAUCUCCAGCAAGGGGCAGAUGUAGUGGUCACCCACAUAGCGAGCAGAGACCGUGGGCGCACGUUAACCGAGUUUAGUUUUUGUUUGAACUCUCUUAAACGGCUCUUCAUGAAGAAUGUGGGGGGGGGGGGGGGUAUAAACACAUUUCGUAUUUACAUUUCAUUUUCCUGUCUUUCAUUGUCGUGUAAAGGACCUUGCCGCAUUUCCAAGAAAUGUAACGCAAUGGAAGUCGUGACUGCAUAUUAUUAAAUGUUUGCACAAGCCUCACCGAGUCUCAAUUAAUUCUCAGAAGGGUCCUGAGUUUUUGCAGUAGAGGCCGAAGAUGGCUGCAUUUCCCAUCAAGUACUGCAAGUAAUUUAACGCGGUAGAUUCAUUUCUGAAAAAUGCAUUAAGGGAAGUUUCCCCACAAAGUAACAACAAAGUUUGCUGAGAUACGAUGUACGCACACGGUAAAACGGUGUGACAUAACCCGAGGAUACGCCGCCACGUUGCUAUAUCAUUCCAUGCAGCUCCAUGUAGUUACUCAUCGACCGCUCAGAAACCGCAUUAGAACGGGCGCGUACCACAUUGUGCGAAGUGUACCCUAAUGUAUACAGCGAAAAAGCGUUGUGUGAACGUAUUAAGCGAGGGCUUACUGUAAUGUUUUGGAAUAAACACAUGCACCUUUCCACACAG